AUGCGUCGUGGUAUUGAUAAACUUACUGGACCUAUCAAGCAUAUCCGCAAACGAGGCGAGAGGUCCGAUGGCGUAUCCUCUCCCGCGUCAGCCGAACCUCGAUCGUCCGCGCCAAUGUCUUGUAACUCAACAACGCACUACGAAGCAUCACCUCCGAACCGACCUUCCUCUCACCUACAACAAGACACCCUAGCCGACCUCUGGAACGACGCUAUCGUCAGAUACAAGUCCACCACCUCCAUAGACCUAACCGACCCAACCUCCCUUGUCCACCGCUCUCUAGCCAACUGCUCUUCUCACCACGCAAUCCUCUCCGCCUUGAACGGACUAAUGGACGAGUUCAAAGCAUACCGCGAUCCUUCGCCCAACAGCUCCGCCAGCAAGAUAAGAACUGCAAUUCGUCGUGUUGUUUGCGCUGUGCUGCGUGCUGGUGUGCUUGAUGUGGGCGGGGAGACGGCUGCUGCAUUGGGCAUACCGGGUGGAAAAGCUAUAUUCGUGGCUUUAGGUGCCCUUCUCCAGGCAACCGAAGGCGUCACCGACCGCUUCGACGCCGUCCUCCUCCUCCUCCACAACCUCGAAUCGUACAUGAUCCGACUAGACGUCCGUCUUAACGCCCCGCUCGUUCCAGCGGCGCGCGAGCAUACUGUUAAGAUCUUGGUGGAGAUGUUGGACGCUUUUGGAAUGGCUACACGGAUGAUGCGGAGGAAUCGCGCUCAGCAUUUCAUGGCGGCGCUUACGGGCGGAGGUCAAGAUGUCAAAGCUGCCCACGAACGCUUCGAAGGUCUCAUGGUGGAAGAUACCCGUCUAAGUCUCGCAGAGGUUCAUUCAGGGAUCCAAGCUUUUUCUGCAUCCUUACAGACAGGAUUGGACGAAGUGAAGACUGAGGUCGCGCAGCAUCUUGAAGUUGUAACUUCGGACAUAGUGGCGCGGGUGACUGCGCGUCUUCAAGCAUCGGGGAUAUUUGAGCUAUCACACCGAUUCGAAGCCCUCAGCGCGAGUUGGGACGAGUGGAAACAUCAAGUGGCCAGGAAGAGCAUCGAUGAUGGCGGUAUGCGCCGUCGUAUACCACUUCCAACCAAUUCCUACACGGACUCAGUAUCACUACGGACAUCACUCAACAGCGUGCUCGCCCUCUUCCGAGACCUGACGCCAGUCGAUCAAGCCGCCCUGCGCGAGACGAUCGCCGUGAUCUACUCGGUCGCUGCGUCUGUCGCCGGAGGUAACUCGGACACCGCAUGGAGCGCGACGCUCUACAAUCCCAGCCUCUUUCUAUCUGCCUUCCUUCCUCUGGCCGUGGCGUAUACCGCUCUCUUCUUCUGUUGGCGCCAAAUGCGCCUAUCGAGUUCGCCGAGUAUCCCGCGAGCGCCUCAGGACUGGCACUUGCAGGGCGAUACGCUCGUGAUCAUCGAUGUCCUUGGGCUUCAUAUGGUGCUACCUCUAGGACGGUGUUUGUCGUGGGCGGACGUUCACACACUCCUCCUCGAGCGCUUCACGAACAAGCAAGGAUCCAACUACGUGAAAUCUCGUUCAUACGUCCUCAUGAACACCGCCGGACAAUCCGAGCCAGACAUCAUCUCCCCAUCUUCUUGGGCGCACACCAUUCAAGCUGGUAUGACGCUAGAAAUGAGCAUCGUGGUGAGGCAGCCCUCGCAUGAGGUUCGGUGUCCUUGGUGCGAACUUGUUGCCCCGGAGAGUCAGGCUGAUAGGUUGUUGCAAUGCGGGGGGUGCAAACGCUUCUUUAAGGCUUCUAGUACGAGUCUAGUGCCCGCGGACGAACAUGAUGAUCAGAGUGCCGUCGGCAACACCGAAUCUCUGAUCGAGUGCGACCCGGAUCGUACCGGCGCAGAUAUCGGGGACUCCCAUGUCCGGCGCGAUCAAGCCGACAACAAUGCGAACCAAGCUGGUACCACCAAAGAGCAACUUUCGCUAUUUCGAAGAAUCAUCAUCGAACUGAUGCACGAGCGCGAGCAAGCACCGCUCAACGAAGGACAAACGUUCCCAGCCGGCCAGCUUGCUCCGAAGGAGCUCUCCAGCACGCCUGGCAGUCCGUCCGAUCCCGGCGCAAGCACACUCUCCUUAUGGGACGAUGACGAAGAGCUGAGCGAUGCGGAACCGUAUGACAUGGACGUAUUGAAAGCUGCUAUGGAUGAGUGGAAGAUGUUUGCCGCUACCGUCAAGUUGAGUGAGGUAGAGGGGGAGACGCCGCAUGAGUGGAUGGGUCGAUUCAUAGAGGAAGUUAAGCUCGCUAUGAAACGAAGAGCCCGGUAG